UCUUUUUUUUUUUGGACUUCUUUCUCGCGGAGGUCUUUCUGCGGAUAAGGCGAAGCGCGUUUGAUCGUCGCUUUCAGAUUUUUGGUCGUGGGAACUUGACAAUCCAGAUCGCUUUUGUUCCUAUAGCAUCUUCUAUAUUUUUUCCCGAAUUUGAAAUUCUAUCCUUUUUUUUUUCUCCCGUCGUUUUACGUGAAUUCUGCCCUUACUUUUGUUGGGUUUUUGCUUUUGGAUUGACUUUUGGUGCGUUCCAUAAACAGUACGCUCUGAUAGAUCCAUGAACCGUGUGUUCUCUGACUCCUACAUCGAGGGGGAAAUUUAGUUGGGAGAAGGAAAGGAAGUUCUACUUGGAUCAAUAAGUUGCGCACCAAGUGUUCGGCGUUUUGUGUCUAAGAAGUUGGUUGGGCUUUGCAGUGCUUCUUCAGUAACUCUGGAUGCAAUUUCUUUUAGUUUUGGUUCAUGUCUUACUAGGUUUCUUGUUCUCCUUCUUUAUCUAUAGUAGUAUGUGAAAUCUAACAGGAUCGAAAUGUAUUAAUGGGAAUUGGGGAUAUGUAAUGCUGAAAAUGGUGGAAAGGUAGCUACAGAUCUAAAGAAUCAAUUUAUCAGUCCUAUGGCUGAUGGUUUCUAGCAAAUCGGUCCUGCAUUCAAUAUCCUAUGGAAAAUUUGUAAACCUUGAAUAUUUAAUUUAGACUUCACACGAAUUGCAGAGCUGCAUGCUAUGACAGUAGUAGUUUUUAUUUUUCUUUUCUAAUGCUUCUUGGGCAUAAUAUUAUCAUCUCUAGGUUGAACUAUUGAUUCCCUCCCUGACCGUCGUUGCCCUUGCUUUUGAGUGUUUGAAAGAGUUCAUGCAGCUAGUCCUUUAUAUUCAUAAGCACCCUUUGCUAAAUUAAAAGUGCAACUGAUUUGCUAUAUUUUCCAAUCUUCUUUAGAUAUAUUUUAGGUGCGGUUCUGAAAUCUCAGUCAUUUUUUGUUGAUUCUUUUCUGAAAAUAUUAUUUUCUGAAAAUAUUAAUUUUCAGCAACUUGUUCUCCUUAGUUGAUAGCAUAUACGGUACAUAUGAUGAUGUAUGAGCAUUCGAAACUACGUAUGGGCAUUUAAAACUAAGAACUAACUUGUGGUUUUCUUGUGACUUAGAAACCCUGAGUUGCAUUAUUAGGUUCUGCUAUCUUAUGAUUCUAUUUUGAAUUCUCUCUCUUUUUCGCUUAUUUUUUGCCUGUGUCAAAUAACCAAACAAUUUUAGAUAAUCAGUAGGUAUGUCUACUAAUUGGUCGGUCAAGUCAACCUGGUGGGUCUGUGUCUGUUACUCUGUCUAUUUAUCAACUUGAGGGCUGUUGCAUGAAAAGAAAUUGAGAAUAUAGACAAACACAAUUGACUUUUGGGGCUCAGAUUCACACUUGUUGUGUCACUGUCACCCUAACAGGCACACCUACAAGAUUACUUCCUCUGCUUUCCAACACCUUCCUUGAUCCCAUAACAUUUGCUUCUUUCUUUGAUACCUUGAUUUCAGUUGCACUAUCAAUUCUUCUUGAUUCUUCUUUGUAUUUGGAUUUCUUGCUAUCAGCAGGAACUCUCUCUCUCUCUCCAAAAUGGGCACUGAAUUAACUGUUACAGGAUGGUUCUUGUCACCUAUUAUACGGGAAAUGCAAGAUACUGCACUGUCCUACAUAAGGGGGCAAUUCAGUUGGGAGAAGGAUCAAGAAAAGGACCUUGAGCGUCUUGAUACUAUCCUUACAGAGAUCUUGGCCAUCGUGGACGCCAUCGAGAAGCGGGAGAUCAAGGAUGGGAAUCAGAGGAAGCUGCUCCGGAAGCUCAAGGAUGCCAUUUACAGCGCCGUUGAUGUGCUUGACAGCUUCCAGUACAUGGCCCUCAAGUCUAAAGUCGACAGCCAAGCUAUGGUGAGUCGCGUUACCUCAUCCUGUGUUUACUUGGGUAAGCGCGUAGUAGGUACUGAUAAGUUCCGGAGGAAGCUAACCGAUAUGUUGAAAAAAUUGGAUGAGGUUAAAACAACUGCGGAUACCUUGUUCAAAUUGGUUAGUUUUGAUAGUGCUACUGCAAAGCUGCUCCCAGUCACACAGGCACGUGUAACGUCUCCUUUGAAGGAAGAGAACCACAUAUAUGGUAGAAAAGAUGAUCUUGAUAGGCUGAGAGAUUUGUUGCUUAUGCAAAGUGAUAGUAGUGCACCUGGACCUAGUAACUCAUGUGUUCCUGUUAUAUCCAUCAUUGGUGUUGGUGGGAUUGGGAAGACAAGCCUAGCACAAUUAGCUUUCAGAGAUGAAAGGAUACGUGCGAGCUUUGGUCUCAGGAUCUGGGUUUGUGUAUCCGAUAUUUAUGAUGAGAUAACAUUGGCAAGGGAUAUUUUAGAAUCUGUAACAGGUGAAAAUUAUCGCAGUGUUACUAAAUUGGAUGAAUUGAAGAAUGUUCUUCAAGAAAAGAUAAGUCAAAAGAACUUUUUUCUUGUAUUGGAUGAUGUAUGGUAUGAUGAGAACAGGACAAAUUGGGAGAAUGAAUUAGUAUGGGACGGAGUUUUAUCAACAUUGGAUACUGGACUGGGAGGAUCCAAAAUUCUGGUGACGACUCGAACCAACAAAGCCAGUGAACUCCUACGUGCUGGAGCCUGUUUACAAUUAGGGGGAUUGAAUAGAGAUGAUUACUGGAUGUUAUUCAAAAGCUGUGCCUUUGGUGAGAAACAUCCAGGACUGUUUCAAGAACUUAAGGAAAUAGGAAUGCAGAUUGCUGAAAGAUUGAAUGGUUUGCCCUUAGCAGCAAAGGUAAUCGGUCGCCUAUUGAAUGUUGAUUUAGAUUCAAGUCAUUGGAAGAAAGUGCUAGAGAGUGACAUAUCAGGUGAUGUUAUGAAGGUUCUCAGGUUGAGUUACCAACACUUGCCCAUCCACUUGCAACUAUGCUUCAGCUUCUGCAGCUUAUUCCCGAAGAACUGGCGUUUUGAUCCCAGGAGGCUUACAGACAUGUGGAUUUCACAGGGUUUUGUUCAGAAGGAGGAUGAGUCUGACAAUGACAUGAAUGUUGAAGAUGUUGCGAAGGGCUACUUUAAUGAUCUUGUACAAAGAUCAUUCUUCGAGAGAUCUUUGUUAGACCUUCCAAUAGAGUAUGUCAUGCAUGACUUGAUCAAUGACCUUGCCAGGAAUGUUUCAAAGGACGAGUAUACCAGAAUUGAGAGUGAGAAGCAAAAGGAGAUCCCACCAAACAUUCGCCAUUUAUCUAUAUCUGCACAUUUGUGGGCCGGUAUGAAGAAAACAGAGAUGAAAAACCUGCGCACGUUACUUGUUUGGAGCAAAUCAUGGCCUUGCUGGAAAUUGUCCCUUCCAAAUGAUGUGUUCAAGAAAUCCAAAUACAUCCGAGUGCUAGAUUUGACUGGUUGUUGCCUGGAGAGGUUGCCAACAUCAGUGAAAAAUUUGAAGCAUUUGCGCUAUCUUGCUUUUAGGGUUCCUGAAAAACCAUUGCCCACAGCAUUGGUCCAACUUUAUCACCUAGAGGUUCUAGUCACAAGAGGUCACUCUUGUCGGGGAAGUGAAUGUUUCCAACUUCCAACAAACAUGAAGAAGAACCUACUCAAAUUGAGAAAAGCUUACCUUUUCAAUGUAGGGGGUGCCACAAUAUCUGGUUUUGGUGGACAAACUCUUCUGCAUGGCCCAGGGGAAUUCCAUGUCAAGAAGGAGAGUGGGCACAGACUUGGAGAGUUAAAGGAGAUGAACAAUAUCCGAGGAAGAUUAAGUGUUAGGUUUCUUGAGAACGUGGAACAUCAGCAACAGGCUGUUGAUGCGCACCUAGAUUGUAAAGAGCACGUCAAACACUUGCAGCUAGAGUGGAGUGACCUUCCAAGGCCUAUUACUUCUGAGUUGGAUUCUGAUGUGCUUGAGGCCCUUCGACCUCACCCUGAUCUUGACCGGCUGAAUAUCACAGGUUACAAGGGACUGAGGUCACCUACUUGGUUUGAGACCAAUUGGAUGAAAGCACUGACUUCUGUAAUCCUUGAGAAUUGCAUGGGUUGGGUGCAAUUGCCUCCUCUUGGACAGCUUCCUCUACUGGAGGAUCUUGUACUGAGGAACAUGCAUGCUGUUGGGCAGAUAGGUGAAGAAUUCUAUGGGAACGGUGAAAUGAAGGGCUUUCCAAAGUUGGAAGAAAUAGUAUUUGAUGGCAUGCCCAACUGGGAGAAAUGGUCUGGAAUUGAAGAUGGUUCAUUGCUUCCAUGUCUCACAAGACUUUACAUAGCUAAGUGCCCUAAGCUUCAAGAAGCACCACCCUUAAAUGCAAGACCAAAAGUUGAAGUGGCGAUAACAUCUGAUUCCUUACCAAGUUCGUGUCUAUUUGACUCCCUAAUGGCAUCGGCAUCGUAUCUGAUCUUACUUGUCAACUGCUGCAGCUUCUUGAGCAGCCUGAAUACUGACCAACUUAGUCAUGUUGAGGAGUUGAACGUGAAGAGCUGCACAGAUCCAAUGCCAGCUUGUGGAUUUAUCGGACUUAGCUCCCUUAAGGUGCUUAGAAUCAGCAACUGUUCAGCGUUACUAUCGUCAGUUUGUGUGGAAGCAGGUGAAGAACUUGACACAUGUUUUUUCCCUCAGUCACUAAGUGAACUUGAAAUAGUUGAUAGCAAUAUUCAGUCCAGUUUGCUACCAAGAUACUUGCAAGGCCUAACUAACCUCUCGGUGCUGGUGAUUAAUAGCUGUGAUUCUAUGGAUUUGCUAUCUCUUGCUUAUGGAACCCAUCACCUUACUUCUCUAGAAGCCAUAAUCAUUAAAGACUGUAUUUUCCUAUCCUCAUUGGAUGGAUUUGAAAAUCUGAUUGCUCUCAGAAAGUUAGUGGUAGCAGAUUGUAAAAAUUUCUGUUUCUUGCCAGCUGAUCUGAAUGCAUUAAUAUCUCUCAAAACAUUAGCCAUUUAUGGGUGCCCUAAGAUGAAAUUUCUCCCCCAGAAUGGCGUACCAGCUUCUCUACAGUUAAUUUUGCUGUCACUGUUGCAUCCAGAGUUAGACAGACAGCUUCAAAGGAGGGAAGGUACUGAAUGGGACAAGAUUGCUCAUGUUCCUGAAAAGAAACUAGAGUUCUUUCUGACGAGUGUUGUCAUUUUUGGACGUGUGGUAUGCCUUCCUGAACCACUCUACUACAUUUACUUCAACCGAAUAACUACUAGUCAUGCUCACAAAAACUCAUAUAUGGGCAUUACUACCUUUGCAGUUUAUCAGUGCCAAACUGCCAAUUCCUGAAGUAGAGGUUGUUUCAAGCUGAAUGCUAUUUAGACCAUUUUGAAUGAUUCUCUUGGUCCUCUUCAAUCUUCCUGUCAGUGCUAGUCUUUUUGACCCUGAGAUUCUUGAAUUCCCAAGCAUGAAGCCAAAAAAUUGCUGAGAAAUUUGUAUCCGUACUUUUGAGAUUGUGACAACCUGUCGAUGGAACUGAUGUUUUAAGAUCGUAGAGGUUUACAAUCUCACUCAACUAUCACAGUGCGAAUGAAACUAAUUAGCUAGAAUAAUAACCCAAGGUUAGGUGCGAAAACAUUUCCCGUCGCUUUCUUUAGCAGAAUCGUUUUCCCAUUCUUCGUGUAUAUAACUACUUGGCGGUACAGGCCGCAUAUCCUGGAGGGGGAAUUCGGGGUCGGAUUUGCUAUUUCACUUUCGAUUUUUUUUGUCCGUAGAGUCUUACAUUAAGAUUUGUGUUCCUGUAGAUCCAACUUAUACUUAUACUCAGUUGCAUACCACUUAAAUUUAGUUACAGUGCGCCAAAAUUAGAUUUUACAACUGCUUUUGUCUCGAUAUUUUUGGCAUGUUUGUCCCUUUUUGUUUAUUUCGUUCAAAACAGGCUGUAUCCGCUGGUUAAAAAUUUCUUUAAGAUUAAAAUCUCAAAAUCUGCCAAUCUUUUUAAACCGAAGCCAGCAUUUGCUAGUGUUAUAUUAAGUAGGAUAGAAAUUAUUUACAAACUCACCAAAGGUGAAAGAGAUAAAGCUGAAAAGAAACUGAAAAAGAAGGGAACAACAAGAAAACCCGACAGCCUCGCAUGUGUUUUAUUGGGACAUUCUCGCAAUAUCUUUGGUGCCGCACAUAAUCCACACCUUGAUCUCAUAUGUGAUUUUGGUCACUAGUUGAGGCAAUUCAGUCUCCUGAUUGCGGAACAGUCAUUUGUUUCGUUCACACCAGAUUUUCCAAGCCACCAUCAUAUGAAUUGAUUUCAUUGCUUUCAUUUUGUGUUUUUCCCCUUGGGAUGUCCACUUGAUCCAUCAGUCAAGCAGUGGCUCAUCGCCAUCGUAUGUGUUUAGUGUCUCAUGUCCCAGCUGUUGAAAGAUCUUCUCCCAGAUUUGGUGUGCGAAGGUGCAGUCCUUGAAAAGGUGUUGUGCCGUUUCAAGGUUUUCAUAGCAAAGCUGACAUAAAUAGUUGUUCGGCCAUUGACGGAUUUGCAGCCGAUCCGCCAUCCAGAUUUUGUUUUGAAGGAGUCAUGUGAAAUAUUUGCAUUUUGACGGUGCCCAUCCUUUCUAUAUUAGCUUUGCCACUGCUGAGUCAAUCCUCCAAUUGAAUUGUGCCAUGUAUGCCGAUUGUGUGUUGUAUAUGCCACUAUUUGUCCAUCGCCAUCUUAUGGUGUCUUCAACUCCAUCAGUUAGGGUGACAUUUCUUCUCCAUAUCUGUAGGAACACGUCGAAGAAUUCUUUAACAAGUUUAACUGCCGAAAAAUCAAUAGGUUAGUCCCCUCAGGGUUGAGUAAUAUGCACACUUUCCUGUUCCUAAAAAAAGCUAGUACUCAUCAACUUGUUAAAAUACAUCUGUUAAUCUGUUUAGACCCUUCUCAAAUUAAGCAUUAAUAACUCACCCUGAAAUCAACUGCUUUAAAAUAGUAGUAGUCAUGUUGACUUGCCGUACUUUGAGGAGGGUUUAAACAGACACAGACACUUCAUCUCAGAGGAUUAAUUAAUGGCGACGAGUCCAUGUGGCAGUCGGAUGGGUGAGGCAAAACGCCUCUGCACCGGCAGUGCUGCUCUCAAGCAGCUGCACCACAGCACCACCCGGUGCAUCGUCGGCCGGCCGGACUGCCGGGCUCGGCUCGAUGCUAUCGCGGUUAUCGCGCUUAUCAUGGGGUACGGUAGGGGAAACCAGCGAUAUAGUUUGGAUGAAUUUUGAUCAAAUUCAAAAUUCUGAAAAAAAUCGAAAAAAAAUAAAAAAAAAUCAUGGAUGUAGUUCUUAAUUUGUAAUUACCAAUAGUGAAGAAUGUUUUUGAAAUAGAGUAAGCUAAAUUCAAAUUUGAGAGCAAACCAAAACAUAGUUUACAAAUUGAAAAAGGGAAGAGAAUAUUGGGCCUUAAAUAUCCUACAUAUUCUUCCAAUUAUUUUUAAUUUCUAGUUUUUUACACAUAUUCAACUGUAUUUUUGAUUUUUUCCCUAUUUAUUUUACACUUAUUUUAGCUACACAACCCCGCGAUAACCGUGCGAAUAUCGCGGUUAUUGCGGUAAACCAUGCGAUUAUCAUGGUGAAACCACGAAACCGCCGAGUUUUUUUUUUCGAAUUUUUGGAUGUGAUUUUUGUGCGAUUUUAGGCAAUUAUCACGGUUAUCGCGUUACCGCGGGGUGACGAUAACCCCGACCCAAACGAUAAGGUAAACCCUGUGCACCAUAUAGUGCAGGUGCCACGCUCGCGGAACCUCUCCACCUUCUCUAGGUCAAAUGCCGUCACAUCGUCGUCGUCACCGUGCAGCAUGAGCUCUGUACCCUCCCCGUGCACACCAGCUGACCGGCCCACCCGAAAAGUGUGAUCACUGUGUCGGUGUUGCUGUCAUGGUGAUGGGGGUGGUGAAAAGUUUGAUAAUUUAACAUUUUUUUCGUUGUCCAAUUGCUUUAAUUGACACUUGUGAGGAUGACAUGUGGAACCAUAUGAGUGAAUGAAAGUAUGCCAGGAUGUCAAAUAACAACAGCUCAUAUCUAGCAGAGAAAAUUGGAAUUUUGCCAUUGUCAAAACGGGGUUUCGCUGAAAUGCCACUCCCAAAAGUGGUAACCUCAAACAAGGGCAACAUGUUGCAAUGCCAUUUGAUCCAUUUCUUCUCAGUUUAAUGAUUUUUGUAAUGUUUAUUCUUGCUGAGAUGACCAAAAUACCCUUGGAUCCUAUCUUAUCUCUCCCUCUGUCUCUUCCUCCU